GGUUUUUCUGUCAAAAACAGUCAAAAAUAGGGUAUAAUCCUAGUAUAUGUCCUUCUAAUCCUUAAUUAUUUAAUUUUGUAAUUAAUAUAGAAUUAAAAUGUGUAAAUACACAAAUGACGCAAGGGUAGUAUGGAAAAUGUUAAAUGGACUUUUCGUUAUUUAUAAACCGGCAAAUAUUCCAUUGUUAGUGUCAAGACAAACAAUUAGUCAAAACUUGUGUGCAGAUUUAAAUAAAAUGAAAGUUCGUCCACCGAAUCCAUACGUUUUAAUAGAGGGUGAAACUAAUAAACAAUUGUCAGUAUCAGUAAGAUCAAGUUAUGCAGACGAUAUUCUUGUUGUUGGUCCACGAUAUCAAGUGGGCGAUAUUAAAAUAAAUUACGCGAAUCAUUUACAACAUCACACUUCUGGAGUUGUUGUUUGUGGAUUGAAUAAUGGCACUAAACUCGCUUUUCAAUUGAGAAAUUCAAAUUCUACAAGAUCAUAUCGAGUGAAGGGAAUUUUAGGUCAAGCGACCGAUGAUUUCUUUAUAACAGGACGAAUAGUUGAAAAAUCCUAUUGCAAAUUUCUCCGAAGAUCUCACAUUGAUCGCGUUUGUGCUGCAAUGCAAUCGUCACAUCAGAAGAAAAUGUUUGAACUUUGCGGAGUUGAUAUUCAAAGUCAAGCUGCUUAUGAAUUGGCAGUAAAAGGACUAAUUAGACCUGUGGAUAAUAACACUCCAAUGAUUUAUUCCAUAAAAUGUGUGGACUUCAAAUCUCCAGAAUUUACCUUAGAAAUUGUGAGCAUUAAUGAAAAUGAAAUGUAUUUAAAAAGUUUAAUUCACGAACUUGGAAUGGAACUUCGUACCAGUGCAACUUGCUCUCAAAUUCAAUGUUUUCAAUAUGGACUGUUUAAUUUAAAUCAUGCUUUAUUAUCGAAAAAUUGGAAUUUAUCAAAUAUUGUAAAAAGUCUCGCAAGUUGCAACAAAAUAUUAGACGAAAAUGAUCAUUUAUUAAGGCAAACACAUCCGAGUUUAUUGCAAAAAGAAGAUGUGUCUCUAAUUGAGAGUCAGGAACGUCAAUUACUAUUGGAGAAUAGAGCAAAUUAAUUCCCAAUCGUCGCUCUUAUUUAUUCCCCCCCUCAAUAAAAAAAGUGACUUAAAAGUGUGAUUUUGUUUUCUUUUUUCAAAAAGAAACAAAUUUUAUGUAGAAUUUACAAUAUGUAGUUAGAAUUUAUAACAAAAAAAUAGAAUAUAAUUGAUAAAAUAAAAACAUGAAUUUUAAAAAGCA